AUGAUUGACGUUGUUGUGUUGAUCUUCCUGCUUUGCUGCCUUUUUGAAGGCAGUCAGUGCAAGGGAUGGAAUUUGAUCGCACCAUCCAACGUGAAAACACUGAGUGACACCUGUGUGAGAAUCCCCUGCAAUUUCACCCUGCCUAAUGAAAACAGGGCUUACAUAGACAGCUCCUGCAGAGCACAAUGGCUCACGUUCAGUUGGCCACAAGGCUACACGCUGGAGUUUGAUUCCCGUGUCGGAACCUACUCCAACCGCAGACCAGGAACGCUUAUUGGGAACUUGAAGAAUCUGGACUGCACCACCAUCUUCUUCGAUAUUCCAUCAGACCUGUCCGCCAAAACGUUUCAUUUCCGGCUGCUAUGUAGAAAGAUCUGGAAGAAUUUUGACCAAAUUGUGACUUUGGACAUCCAAGAGGCUCCCUCCUUGCCCACCCUCAAUGCCAACAGUGUGAAUCUGAAGGAAGGCGACGCGCUGACAUUGACGUGCGAAGCCAUAACUUAUUGUCCCACGCGCCCUCCCGAACUGACGUGGCAGCCAUCUCUGAGCGAAAGUGACAUUAACGUGACGCUGAAGGAAUCGACCAGGAUUUCUGUGAUGAAGGCGAACGUCUCUUCCCGCCACAAUGCUUUGAAGGUCACCUGCAAGACAAACUACGGACGGAAAAACAUGGCGAACGACGGCAACGAAAAUACAUUGACCCUUCAUGUUGAUUACGCUCCAAAGAACACCUCAGUCAGCUACGCAAGUCCAGUGACGGAGGGCACUUCCAUCACGCUGACCUGCAAUACCGACGCCAACCCAGUUGUGGACAGCUACACCUGGUACCAAGUGGACGGAGGUCAGGUGACACCAGUGGGAUCCAGUGAAAAAAUGUCCAUCACGGUCACAGAGGCCACGAACAAAUUUUACUGCAGCGUCCACAACAAAUAUGGAUACCAGAACUCAUCCAUCACGGUGAUUGAUGUGCAAUUUCCUCCCAAGGAAACAACAGUAAUCUUGGAACCGGCUGGUCCGACAAUGGAGGGCGACACUGUGGUCCUAUUGUGUCGAAACCGGGCCCGACCUCCUGUGUCCAACUAUGUCUGGUUCAAAGACGACGGCAAAGAAGACAACGAGACGGGAGCAGAGUUGCAUUUGGAACGUGUGGAGAGAAAACACAGUGGCGGCUAUCGUUGUAAAGUCACAAACAAGCUGGGAGAGGAAACGUCAGCCACUGUUCAGCUGAACGUUGAAUAUGCUCCGAGAAACACUUCGGUGGCGGUCUAUCCGUCCGGCCCGGUCCCAGACGGCAACACUGUGACUUUAACGUGCACGAGCGUGGCCAACCCAGCGGUGGCCAACUUCACGUGGUACAGAGUGGCUGCGGGGGAGCGUGAGGUGAUCGGCCAAGGAGAGGCGAUCUCCUUCAAAGUGAAAAAACUUUCACAGGAAGACUUCUACUGUCAAACUGUCAACGUCCACGGCCUUGACGUCUCUGAGACUCUCAACAUCAAUGUCACAUUCCGUCCAGAGAUCCUGGCCUCGUCCCGCUGCGAAAACGACUCAUCCCAGACACGAUGCUCCUGUGACAGCCGGGCCAACCCGACACCUUUGCUCUAUUGGGAGUUAUCCGGGGUGCCUGUCAAUCAAUCCGCCAUCAUAGAUGUGACCCUCGGGGGCGUGACAAGGACCAGCGUUGUCACCCUCAACCUUUCGGACCAAGACCGACAUACCUCGUCGCUGGUCUGUUUCAGCGUCAACCCUUUAGGCUUGGACAGUUUGGCCUUCAAAAUGUCUUCCGCUCGCAUGGAAAAUGCUCGGUACAGUCUGUGGGUUCUGGUCGGUUCUCCUGUGGGAGUGUUAGCCAUGCUGUUCUUGAGUCUGCUGCUGAUCUUGUACAUUUGCAGGAAAACCAAAGGAAGGUGUACAACAAAUCCGGGACAAGACGAUGACACCGCCCCCAUCAUUGCGACAAAUGAGGAGAAAGAGCAGAACUCGGACUACGUUAACGUCGUUUUCAACAACCAGGCGGAUGUCGAGGAGGACCACCUUGACUUCCCCGACGUCAACAUGGUCAAGUUUGAGGCAAAGAAUCACUGCUUGUUGCUGCCGGUCUGGCACGUGCCUUACGUGCUCUCGGAGCUGAGCGCACAGAUGAAUGCGCACUGA